UAACAGAUGUGUAAUGAAUAAGUUAAUACGCAUUCGUUGUUCCGCAGUUUCAUAACAUGAACAUGACUACAGAUUAUCAAUACUAUGUGACUCAUUUUAAUAAUCUUUUCAUCAUGGAGACUGAUGAGGGAGAAUCCUCUAGUAGUGGUCCAAUAUCAACCCUCAACAGCUUGUUUUCCUUCACCAGUCCUGCAGUCAAAAAACUUCUAGGUUGGAAACAAGGUGAUGAAGAAGAAAAAUGGGCUGAAAAGGCUGUAGAUAGCUUAGUGAAGAAACUCAAAAAACGAAAAGGUGCCAUAGAAGAAUUAGAAAGGGCCCUGUCAUGCCCUGGAACACCAAGCAAGUGUGUUACCAUUCCUAGAAGCUUAGAUGGCAGACUCCAAGUGUCUCACAGAAAAGGCCUACCCCAUGUUAUAUAUUGUCGUGUAUGGCGUUGGCCUGACCUGCAGAGCCACCAUGAGCUCAAACCCCUAGAACUGUGCCAGUAUCCAUUUUCUGCAAAACAAAAGGAAGUGUGCAUUAAUCCAUAUCACUAUAAAAGAGUGGAAAGUCCAGUGUUACCCCCAGUUUUAGUGCCAAGACAUAAUGACUUUGUUCCUGGACAUUCUCUACUGCCAUUUCAGCAGCUAGUGGAACCAAAUAUGCCACAUAAUGUGAGUUAUACUUCCAAUGGCUUCAAUUCAAACCAUCUCAACCCAAGUUCACCACUUUCAAGUGUUCCAAGCCCAGGCAGUGUAACCUCAAACAACCCACAAUCACCCUAUGCAAAUCUAGCUGAGACUCCUCCACCUGCUUACAGCCCCACAGAUGAAAGCAAUUCAAACACAAAUAACAAUCCCAGUCCUGAGCCUACUAUGAGCACAGACUUACAACCUGUUGCAUACCAAGAGCAGCCAUAUUGGGCAUCCAUAGCAUACUAUGAGCUCAACUCCAGAGUAGGUGAAGUGUUCCAUUGCCACUCUACUUCUGUUAUUGUAGAUGGUUUCACAAACCCAAGCAAUAAUAGUGAUAGGUUUUGCUUAGGACAGCUCAGCAAUGUUAAUCGUAACUCUACCAUAGAAAAUACCAGGAGACACAUUGGCAAAGGAGUACAUCUGUAUUAUGUAAAUGGUGAAGUGUAUGCAGAGUGUUUGUCAGAUUCAGCCAUUUUUGUGCAGUCCCGUAACUGCAACCACCAUCAUGGUUUCCACCCAUCCACAGUUUGUAAAAUACCAGCUGGGUGUUCCCUGAGAAUCUUCAAUAAUGCAGAGUUUGCACAGUUGUUAUCACAGUGUGUGAAUCAUGGUUUUGAGGCUGUUUAUGAACUUACUAAAAUGUGUACAAUCAGGAUGAGCUUUGUUAAGGGUUGGGGGGCAGAAUACCACAGGCAAGAUGUCACUAGCACACCUUGCUGGAUAGAGGUGCACUUACAUGGACCAUUACAGUGGCUGGACAAGGUUUUGACACAGAUGGGUGCUCCACAUAAUGCAAUUAGUUCAGUCUCAUAAAAAUGG